UGGACCUUGUUCCUAACAUUUUAGUAGCGCUGGCGGAGUAUAAGCCAUGCGAACCAGGUGAUCCACUGUGCCUCUGCCAUGCCGCCACCAUUACCAAGGACUUAGAGCCUUAUUCAGACAAAGGAAUCUCUCAAGACAUGAUUUCGCAAUCUAAACGGCAGGGUACUCUUUAUAAGGUUAUUCGUGGCCGGAUCUUUCGCCAAGAGCAUUGCUCCCAUCCCUUGAGGUGUUCUAGUGUGGAAGAUGUGCUCUUGGAAAUAGCUGAAGACCUUCCGGAUCUGGAAUUCGUUCUCAAUGUAUGUGACUGGCCACAGGUUCCCGUUCUAUCAGGACUAAGUGGCCCCGUUUUUUCGCAUUCAACUACUGCGCUGCACCUGGACAUAAUGUGCCCGGCGUGGUCAUUUUGGACCGUUUCCGGACCAAAACUACAGCACUAUCCACAUGGAUUGGGUCGCUGGGAUUGGAUGCGCCAGCACUUGGCAGCCUCUGGUGCUAAGAUUCUUUGGAAGACAAAGAAGCAGUUAGGUUUUUUUAGAGGUUCCAGAUCUUCCCCAGACCGGGAUAACGUGGUGAUUCUUUCUAAGAGAUAUCCAAAUUUGGUCGAUGCCCAAUACACGCUUAAUGUAGCCGAUAGGUUCACGUCUCACAUUCUCACCUCGGAUCCUGCGGAGGAGGUGCCUUUGGCGGAGCACUGCCAUUUUAAGUAUCUUUUUAGUAUUCGCGGGGUGGCUGCCAGCUUUAGAUUGAGGCACAUCCUAUUAUGUCGGUCUCUUGUCCUUCAUGUGGGUGACCAGUGGCAGGAGUUUUUCUAUGCGCAACUAAAGCCUUGGGUACACUAUGUUCCAGUGGCCAGCAACGCCUCUGUGGAGGAUAUAGCGGAUCUAUUGCGCUAUUUGCACCAACACGAUGACCUAGCGGAGGAAAUCGCCGAAAGGGGUCACCAGUUUGUAUGGACGCACCUGCGAAUGGCUGAUGUGCAUUGUUAUUGGAGUAAGCUGCUCCAGGAGUACGCCAAAUUGCUAACGUACCAAGUGAAACUAGAGCCGGGGUUCUACGAGGUUUCAAACAAAAAAGCACUACAACUUUAUGGCGCCUAA